AAUAAAUUCCCCCACCAAAUCCUUAAAUAUUCAAUGAAUUCUAACACCCUACUCUGUCUCGAACGUCCAUUUCUUCUUGAUCAGAGUCCCCACCUGAAGGAGAAUCAAGAUAUGGACGUAAUAUUACUUUAUAGGUGGGGAGUUUUUGUCCUGACUAGUUCAUCAAAAUACAUUUACCGAGUCAGAAUUAGGAUGUUUUGGCACACCAUUGAUGACCAGGUCGUGGUGAAAUUGUCAUAUAGGCUACUAGAUCCUUUUUACUUUAUAUUCAUGCAGAAAUCACAGCAGAAGUUCUUGGAAUAAAUGCAUUUUUGUUUCAGUUUGUUAUGGGCUAACUAGGCAAGAGGAGGAAGUUGGCAUUGGAAUAUACAAUGAAGAGAAAAACCCCAAUUUUGGCUGCUUUUGUUUUCGUUCUUCACUGCUCUCUGACACUGUUUGCUGCAGCACAAGUUACAGAUCCCGAUGAAGUUAAAGCUCUUCAAAAAAUUAGACAGAGUCUUGGAGACCCUUUUAACAAUCUAAAAAGUUGGAAGGAUGGUGAUCCAUGCAACACACCAUGGAAAGGAGUUAUAUGCUCCGUUAAUGCAAGUACCCAUGGAUACUUGCACGUAACGCAGCUGGAAUUGUUAACUUUGAAACUUACAGGACAAUUAGCUCCAGAAAUUGGACAACUACAACAACUUAAAAUUUUGGAUUUUAUGUGGAACAAUAUAACUGGCACCAUCCCAAAGGAGAUAGGAAAUAUAACAACUCUUGAGCUCUUGCUUCUCAAUGGCAACCAUAUAUCAGGCUCAUUGCCAGAAGAAAUUGGCUAUCUUCCCAAGUUAGACAGAAUACAAAUUGAUCAGAACAACAUAUCAGGGCCUCUGCCAGUUUCCUUUGCUAAUCUGAAUACAACAAAGCAUUUCCAUAUGAAUAACAAUUCAAUCAGCGGUCAGAUACCAAAAGAGUUUGCCAGACUUCCAAAAUUGGUUCACCUCUUAUUGGAUAAUAAUAACUUGUCAGGUGAACUUCCUCCUGAAAUAUGGUCAAUACCAAAUCUUCUUAUAUUGCAACUUGAUAACAAUAAAUUGAUCAAUGGCACAAUUCCUAGUUCGUAUACUAAUAUGAAUAAAUUAUUGAAAUUGAGUCUAAGGAAUUGCAGCUUGCAGGGAUCUAUACCAGACUUUAGUAGCAUACCUUUUUUGGGUUAUUUAGAUCUGAGCUAUAAUAGUCUAACAGGUGGAAUUCCUUCAACCAAGCUCUCAGAAAAUAUGACUACUGUUGAUCUAUCGCAUAAUAAACUUAAUGGAACAAUACCAUCAAGCUUUGCAGAUUUGCCUCAACUUCAAAGACUAUCACUUGAUAACAAUGAGCUUAGCGGUGCUGUACCAGCUGGCAUUGGGUUGAAUGUGUCAUUCACUUCUAAUUCAACACUGUUACUGGAUUUUCAAAACAACAGCAUUUCUACUGUAAAUGCUUCUACAAUCAUAAAUGUUCAAAAUAUCACCAUGAGGUUGGAAGGAAACCCUGUUUGCAGACAGGAUAACUCAAGUGCAAUAGCUCGAUUGUGUGGAAAUAAUGGUACAAUUUCAGAUGGUGAAAGCUCAAACAGAGUUGCUACGUGCAAAAUAAAUUCCUGUGCACCCCCCGACUUUGAGUAUAUUCCAGAUAGUGAUUGUUUCUGUGUGGCUCCAUUUGAAGUUGGAUAUCGUUUAAAAAGUCCUGGUUUUACCUAUUUUACUCCAUAUCUCAACAGUUUUGAAGAGUACUUAACAUCUGGAUUGAGUUUGAAUUUAUAUCAAUUAUUUAUAGAAAAGUAUGUGUGGGAAGAAGGUCCAAGGUUGGCUAUGAACCUGAAGUUCUUCCCUCCUAAGAAUCAAUCAGUAAGAAUAUUUAAUGACAGCGAAGUCCAACGAAUACGUCAAAUGUUUGCUGAAUGGAAAAUUAUUGAUAGUGAUAUAUUUGGGCCAUAUGAAUGGAUAAAUAUUACACUUACAGGCCCAUAUAAAAGAGACAACGAAGAAUCUAGUGGAGGAUCUGGCCUGAGCAAGGGUGCUCUUGCAGGAAUUGUGGUUGGUGUCAUUUUUGGCACAACUUUUGUUUCUUCAGUUAUUGUAGUUAUGGUAAUGAAGCGGCAUAUAAAGCACAAGAAUAUUGCUUCCAAAAGAAAAUUACUUGAAGCAAGAAAGCGAGUUAAAGUAGCAGGCGUCAAAGAUUUUGAUUUUGACGAGAUGGCAUUAGCAACAAAUAAUUUCAACACAUCUAUGCAAGUUGGGCAAGGAGGCUAUGGUAAGGUUUACAAGGGAAUUUUGGCUGAUGGUAUGGUUGUAGCUAUAAAGCGUGCUCAAGAGGGAUCCUUGCAAGGAGAAAAAGAAUUUUCCACUGAAAUAGAAUUGUUGUCUAGAGUUCAUCAUCGAAACCUUGUUUCACUUGUGGGUUAUUGUGAUGAUCAAGGGGAGCAGAUGUUGGUUUAUGAAUACAUGGCAAAUGGAACUCUUCGGGACCACCUCUCUGGCUCCAAAAAGCCUCUAAAUUUUGCCCAGCGCCUUCAUAUUGCUUUGGGAGCAGCUAGAGGCAUUCUUUAUCUCCAUAAUGAGGCCAAUCCUCCCAUCUUCCAUCGUGACAUAAAGGCAACCAAUAUAUUGUUAGAUCAUAGAUUUAAUGCGAGAGUUGCAGAUUUUGGACUGUCAAGGCUUGCACCAUUACCCGAUCUUGAAGGUUCAGCUCCAGGCCAUGUAUCAACUGUAGUGAAAGGCACUCCGGGCUAUCUCGAUCCAGAAUACUUCUUGACUCACAAGCUUACCGAUAAGAGUGAUGUUUAUAGUUUUGGUGUGGUUCUUCUUGAGCUUUUAACAGGCAUGCACCCCAUUUCACAUGGGAAGAACAUUGUUAGGGAGGUGAAUAUGGCAUAUCAAUCUGGAAUGAUGAUAUCUCUGAUCGAUUUGAAGAUGGGUUCAUAUCCUUCAGAAAGCUUGGAGCCAUUUGCCACUCUGGCAUUGUCUUGUUGUAAGGAUGAAACAGAUGCACGCCCUUCCAUGGCUGAAGUUGUACAUCAGCUUGAGCAGAUCUUCAAGAUUACACCUGGAGUGGACACCACACCCAUUCAGUCCAGUGAAAUGGAUGCUUUAAUGCAUCAAAAGCAAUCUAUGGUUCAGAUGACAAGUCAAAAUCCUUAUCUGUCUUCUAAUGUUAUGGGAAGUGAACUUUUGAGUGGUACUAUUCCUGAUAUUGCACCUCGCUAAGGCAAUGUAUGCUUCAACUUGCAUGACAAAACCAGGUAUACCAGUGGUAGUCUUGGGCGAUUCUCAGCCAGAGAGUCAAAUGAAGUUGAGUACCGACCACUCAGAGGUGUUGAGUAUUGAAAGCUAAUGUUAAUAUUGAUUUUUGUUGUAAUACUUGCAUAAAGAUAACCAAUAUGAUUUUUGUGAAUGUAAGAUUCCUAGUGGGAAAAUAGCACCUUCCGUAGAAUUUGGAGGCUUUUAUGCUGUUUUUAACUGUUGUAUUAUGAUAAACACACUGUAAUUUAUGAUUCUGGAUGUUGUUUUUGAUCU